CAUGUCGUGCAACUCAAACUGAUGAUGAAGGUUGUUAGGAGAAAACCACCUCUGUAAGUGGGCAGGAAGGAAGAGAGGGGGCACUACAGUAACAGAUGGACUUAGAGGGAUUACAUGAUUUAGGAUGGGUAUGUGACAUAAAUUCCCAAGAAGGACAGAAAACGGAGUAUAUUGGCGUGGAGACAACCUUUCAGUCACUCCACCAGUUCACUUCCUAUUGGCCAGGAGGAUUACAGGGGAAAGUGCAGCUGGAGAGGGCCUGUGUGCUGGCAGGGAGACAUUGCAUGAGAGACCGAGAGGCAGCAUGGUCAGAUUGCACUUAACACUAAAAUAUGUCGAACACACAGAAUGAAGCAGAAUUUCUGGGGAUUAUCAGUCCACAUUUUGAUAUAAAUUGGUGGCACAUGAUGUUAUCAGCAAAACAGUUGUUUUUUGUUAUUUUUUCCUUGUCCCUCUCUGUGUGGUCUCUUUAGUACAGCAGAGGAAUUCAUAGUAAGCAACAGACUUUUGUCUGAUUGUGUUUGUCAGGAAGCACAAAGAUAUUAACCCAGGUCAUAUUACUUAGCCCUUCUUUAAACCCUCCUUAUAAACAUCUGGAGUACUUUUGGACCUGCGUCUGUGACUGAAGGAACAUUAAACAAAGUUAGAUAUCUCCAUGUGGGUUCUUUGUGUUCUAGUCAACAAUGAAAUUUUCCUUACUCAAGCCACAUGUAAUAAUACCUUUUACAAAUUCUUUAGCUAUGGAACCUUUAUUAUUUAUUUUUACAUGAAUUCUUAGCUUUUUGGAAAAUACAGAUGCUGAUCUAAUUCUUUCAGCCACAAAAACAAAGAAUCAAAAGUCUUAAGGUCAAGGGGUUUAUGGACACAUCAGUUACCACAAAUAUCAAUAGAUAUCACUUUGAGGUGUUACAUCCUUAUAUCCCACUCUUCUCCCCCACCUUUUCUCUCCCACUGUGCCCACUUAUUCCACCUAAAUCCCUUUUUGUUCUUUUUUUCACUCCAUCUGUCCUUUCAGCUUCAGCGCAUCUUAUCCUGCUUCCUCCCAUCCUUUCAUCUCUCUCUUCCUUUCUUUUAAUCACACUGAUGUUGCAGUGUCACUUUGUCAGCUGUUCUUUGUUGUCUUCUGUCUAUACCAUUACAUCACAUUUAUUUUUACCUCCUGUUUAAAGCUGGCCCCACUCUGUCAACUACACCAGUGGCAGCAGUUGUACCAUCUGUCCUGUUUAUCUAAUUUCCACGUGCCGUGUCCCUCUCUCUUCUUCUUCUUGUCCUUGCUCCCGAUUCUGUCUCUGUCUGGUGUCCCCCAUCUUUCCCUUAUCUUCUGUGUGGCCAUGCUGGAGCAUAUGUCCCGCCGCUCUCGUUCCCUGCUCUCCCUGACCUUAACCACUCUGGCUCUGACCCUCUCCAUCCUGGCACUCUGCACCUCCUACUGGUGCGAGGGCACACACAAGGUGGUCAAGCCUCUCUGCCUGUCGCCUGUCAAAAUGAAGAACUGUGGUCAGAACAACAGCGAGCCUUACACCACAGAGAGUCCCACUCAGAACCCUUUCAACCGCACUCUGUCUCCAGCCAGGAGAGAAGAGCUGGCCAAGAUCAGACAAAGGCAGCUGGCCAAUGCAGUUCACUACAUCUGGGAGACAGGGGAAGACAAGUUUGCCUUCAGAUACUUCCACACUGGCUUCUGGGAAAGCUGUGAGAAACAGAAUGAUGGGGAGGUAUGUCGAAGUUUCAUAGACUUAACUCCAGGGGAGACACAAGGCGUGCUUUGGCUGUCAGUUAUUUCAGAGUUUACAUACAUCGGCCUGCUGGGAAUGGGCUUCUUACUCAUGUGGCUGGAUGUCCUGUGCUCCCAUAAAGAAAUGCACGCACUAAAAAUCAACGCCUAUGCAGCAAUUUGUACUGUUCUAUCAGGUCUUCUUGGGAUGGUAGCACAUAUGAUGUACACCACAGUAUUUCAGAUGACAGUUAUAGUUGGCCCUAAAGACUGGAGGCCUCAGUCCUGGGAUUAUGGCUGGUCAUUUGCCCUUGCAUGGGUGUCCUUCAGUUGCUGCAUGGGGGCAGCAGUGGUGACACUCAACUCUUACACAAAGACAAUUAUUGAGCUUCGGCGCAAACAGAGAAUCCGCUUGGAGGAAGCAAGAGCCGCCACUCACGCGCCUUCCUAUGAUGAAGUAGUUCCGGGGGGUGGGCUCUACUCCGUCAGUGGCCUUUUGCACUGCCCAGAUGGCAUGAUUGACGUGGCAUGGGCUCCGAAUGGCAGCGUGGUGGGAGUGGGAAAUGGGGACGUACCAACACUGGUUUUAGUGGGAGGCUGUGGACCAGAAGGGUGCGAGGACUGUGAGAGAGAAAGGGAUGAGAUGGAGGAGGCCAUGGAGAGAGUUGAUUCACCUUGUUAGGGGUUCAGUUACACACAUAAACUAAAAGAACAGAACAACUGAGAAGGAAAGACCACAUAACUGAGAUUAAAACAGACCCUGCUUUGUUUGGUCAUGCACUUUGACUUCCUGUGAACUUGGGAUGCACUCAUCAUGCUUAAAGGCACUCAAAUCACUACAUAUCAAAAUUUUAACACUAUGAUAGAGUCAUAGUUCACACUUAUAUGCAAACUGCAUGAUUUUCUGAAUAUUUCUCUGUGCCUCAUUGUAGAAUAGUAACUGUAUAGUUCAACAUAUGAUAUUAUUCUGUUAAUAUUAUAUAUUUUUUUGCAUGUUAACCUGCAGGACAACCUUAUUCUCAACAAUCUA